UGGCGCUUUAGGAAGAGAUUCACAUCGGGCACACGAUCAACAUGCCAGAGGUGACUGAAACAAGAGUCAGUCAGUUGAAGAAACUCUUAUCACUAAUAACGAUUGAACCGGUGAUCAUAUUCUUCCUAUUUGGAGUUGUCAUUUCGACUGGCUUGAGGAUCUUUGAACUUGAAAAGGCAUGUGCAACGAAGUCAAACGUCGACCUAAAGGUGUGCGAGUUCUUCCCUCGCUUGGAAGAGAACAACCUGUGCGAAGAUUUGUCUAUUGAGAGCUUGAAUGAAUCAUCAGUGGUGACGGUGGCUGCCGGAGAUGUUUACAGUGUGGAUAACGAUACUAGUCAGGUGGAUGAGUUCAACCGUUUAGUUUGUUCUGAGAAAGUGAAAUCCAUCCAAGAGGUGACAUUUUUGAACUCUUAUAGGACUAUUAUAACCGGAUUGGUACAAGCCGUAGUGUUGCUGUUUGCAGGUAGCUGGAGCGAUCGGGCUGGUCUGAGAAAGCCAUGUAUUUUAAUUCCGAUUGCGGCUGAUACGCUCGGUGUGUGCGUACUCAUCACAUCAGCCGUCUUCAUGCGAGAAAUACCCCUGGAAGUCACCGGAAUACUACCACAAUUGAUCAGCUCCCUGAGCGGAGGAACCCCACUAGUUGUGACGGGAAUCUUCAGUUACCUUACGAUUGUCACCACGGAAUCGGAUCGAACCUUCCGAUUCGCCUGUGCUACCGUGGUGAUUGCUACCAUUCCCAUUCUGGCGAGCUUCUUCAGUGGCUACAUAUUUCAAGCAUUAGGAUUCAUUAAAUUGUGUCUGCUAUGCAUGGUGACAAACACACUUGGGCUGCUCUACGGAUUGUUCAUUUUGAAAGAACCCGUCAGAGUGGAACCUACAAUCGAUGAAAAUGCUAUCCACAAAUCUAGCAACGUUGAAAAUGGGUCCCUUCCAUCACCCAAAACACUGCAAAAAGCUUGCGACACAAGCCUCGUAACGGAUUGCGUCCAAGUGCUCACCAAAAAGCGAGACUACAACAUCCGUGCAAUACUGAUCCUUACGUUGGUGGUGUUUUUCAUCAACUUCGGAGCUGCAGGAGAUGCGGAGUCAGCUCUGAACAUCGCCAUUCUCAAGUUCAACUGGAUCUCCAAUCUGGGCACAUGGGUGGCGUACGAUCUGCUGUCCACUCUGGUGGGAACAAUGCUGGCGAUGGGCGUGUUGAGUAAAUGUUUCGGUGUGUCCGACUAUCUGAUCUGUGUGUUCUCGGUUUGCUUCACAUUGGUAGCGAAACCGAUUAUGGCAUACGCAGCAAGUGCAGUCAAACCAUUCAUGUAUUACGUUGCCACAUCCAUUGACAUUUUCGAGGGAAGCAAAGCGGUGGCAAUCCGCAGCAUUGUUUCCAAGCUGGUAGAAGAAAAUGAAAUCGGAAAAAUGCUUUCCAUUUUGGGAAUAGUCGACUCUGCUCAAGCUGUGAUAUAUCCAACAAUCUAUAGUGCAGUAUUCCUCGAGAGUCAAAACGUGUUCAUCGGGUCCGUGUUCCUGUUGAGUGAGGCUUUCCUGUUGGUAUCUUUGGGAUUCUAUUUGUCGCUGUAUGUGAUGUCAAGGAAGCUCAACCGCAAGAAAGAACUUCACAGUAGAGAAGGCAUAGAUAAUACAGCAGUGGAUGUGACCUACGUGUGAUUAAGAAUUAAAGUGGGUUCGUUUAG